AUGCCAGUCACUCUCGUGCUGGGCUCCCAAUGGGGCGACGAGGGCAAAGGCAAGCUUGUCGACAUCCUCGCUACCUCUGCUGAUCUCGUCUGCCGUGCGGCUGGGGGCAACAAUGCGGGCCAUACCAUUGUGGUCAACGAUGUGACGUAUGACUUCCACAUCCUCCCCUCUGGACUCAUCAACCCUUCCUGCAGAGUCAAUCUCAUCGGCACUGGCUGUGUCGUGCACAUCCCCAGCUUCUUCAAAGAACUCAAAGCGCUAGAAGAGAAGGGACUCGUGGGCGUGCGGGAGCGCAUUCUGAUCUCAGACCGUGCUCAUGUGUGCUUUGACCUACACGGUGUCGUAGACGGCAUCUCUGAAGACAAAUUCAAGAAUGUUGAUGGCGGAAAGGGCAUGAUCGGCACUACUCGCAAGGGUAUUGGACCAUGCUACAGCGACAAAGUUGCCCGCCGUGGAGUGACUUUUUGGAUGCUCGUGAACGAACAACAGCGCUGGGAGAGGCGCCUACGGGACCUGGAAGCCAGCUACCGCAAAUUGUACGGCGACGCAGCACUGGAUGGGUACAGCCUGGAAGAGGAGAUCCAAAAGCUGCGCGGAUAUCGGGAAGAGCUUCAGCAGUACGUCGUCGAUCAGACACCCUUACUGGCGCAGGCGGUCGGAACCAAGGGGAUUGCCACGGCGAGCUUGAACGGCGCUGGGGCUCGUCAGCCUAACAUCUUGAUUGAGGGUGCCAAUGCACUCCUCCUCGACGUCGAUCACGGCACAUAUCCUUACGUCACGUCGAGCAACACCGGCCUCGGCGGUGUCUUCACUGGUCUUGCAGGUCUCUCUCCCCAAUCCCUCUCAGCGCCCGGGAGCAACAUAGUCGGAGUUGUGAAAGCAUAUACUAGCCGCGUCGGCGCUGGCCCCUUCCCUACGGAGCUCAACGCCGAAAUCUCCCCCAAGGACGCUGAGUACGGCGAGCGUCUACAACAGGUCGGCCGUGAAUGGGGUGUCACGACGGGCCGUAAACGGCGCUGUGGCUGGUUCGACCUCGUCCUGGUCAAGUACUCGGCGGCCGUGAACUGCUACACACAACUUAACCUGACGAAGCUCGACGUCCUCGACGGCUUUGAGGAAAUUCGCGUGGCGACCGCGUACAAGGUGAAUGGCCAGACCCUGCCUAGCUUCCCCGCGGAUCUAGAUGUCCUGGAAGAGAUGGAGAUCGAAUACAAGACCUUCAAGGGGUGGAUGACGCAGACGACGGGCUGCAAGAAAUUCGAAGACCUGCCGGCACCGGCCCGGGAGUAUGUCGAAUUCAUCGAGCGCGCGGUCGGCGUACCGAUUAAAUGGAUCGGCACUGGUCCGAAGAGGGAGGACAUGUGUUUCCGCUAA